AUGGCUCGUUUCCAGCAGAUUCUGUGUCUGGGCAAGAGAUCAGAAAUAUAUCAUUGGUUGCAGGUUCAAGUCCUGAAACUAGGGAACUCAAGACGUAAUCCAAAAUCGUUCAAAUUCAUAAACGAUCCCGCAGUUCCACUGAAGCUUGACUCAUCCUACGAUCCAAGCCUAUCAACCAAGUUUGUCAUCCAUGGUUGGAAAAAUUCCAUCAAUAGUCCCUUCAGUCAGGAAAUCAAGGAUGCGUAUCUAAUGCGACAUGAUAUGAAUGUUCUCGUGGUCGACUGGAGUCCUCUAGCGGAUGAAACACUCUACUACAAAUCAGCCUUUGCCACACGAGACGUAGGUCGACACGUUGGGGCCCUGGUUGGUCGAAUGGUUGCUGAAACGGGAACUGACCUUAACUCCGUACACAUCAUAGGUCACAGUUUAGGAGCCCACACGUCAGGAUUUGCUGGAAGCUUCGUUCGGUCGGGCAAGGUUUCUCGGGUAACGGGACUCGAUCCAGCACUUCCCGGUUUCCAAGAUCAGCAACCGGACAAACUACUGGAUCCUAGCGAUGCACGCUUCGUCGAUGUUAUUCACACCUGCGCUGGCAUGCUAGGUCAUGACGAAAAUCUCGGUCAUGUUGAUUUUUACCCCAAUGGAGGACGAGCCCAUCAACCCGGAUGCGGAGGGAUGAAUGACAUUACCGGUGCGUGUAGCCAUGGUCGAUCAUACGAAUACUACGCGGAAUCGAUCGUCAAUAGGAAUGCAUUCAUGGCGUUUCCUUGUGGCAAUGUGAAAGAGUACAAAAGAAAUAACUGCCGCUCUGGAGCGAUUCCGAUGGGGGAAGGAACACCGAUGGAUGCACAAGGUACUUACUUUCUAGAAACCGAGCCAGAAUCGAAAUUUAGAAGGAGCUUGAAAACGUGA